UCCUCUUCCCGGGACCAGCGGGCGCCCGCGCCUCUUCUCCCCGCCCCAGCCGCCUUGUGUCCCCGCCUGGCGGAAGGCCGAUCGCGCCUCCCCCUGAACUGGGCGGUGGCAGCGCGGAGAUGGUGGCGGCGGCGGCGGCGACAGCGGCUCCGGGAGGCAGCGGCGCUGGCAUGGACCCCCGGCUGGACCAGGAGACGGCCCGGUGGCUGCAGUGGGACAAGAAUUCUUUAACUUUACAGUCAGUGAAACAACUAAUUGCAGAAGGUAAUAAAGAAGAACUACAGAAAUGUUUUGGGGCUCGAAUGGAGUUUGGGACAGCUGGCCUUCGAUCUGCCAUGGGAGUGGGAGUUUCUCAUAUGAAUGACUUGACUAUCAUCCAGACUACACAGGGGUUUUGCAGAUACCUGGAAAAACAGUUCACUGACCUGAAGCAAAGAGGGGUCGUGAUCAGCUUCGAUGCUCGAGCUCAUCCCGCAAGUGGAGGCAGUAGCAGAAGAUUUGCCCGACUUGCUGCAACCACGUUUAUCAGUCAGGGGAUUCCUGUGUACCUCUUUUCUGAUAUAACCCCAACCCCAUUUGUGCCCUACACAGUGUCACAUUUGAAACUUUGUGCUGGAAUCAUGAUAACCGCCUCUCACAAUCCGAAGGAGGACAAUGGUUAUAAGGUCUAUUGGGAGAAUGGAGCUCAGAUCAUCUCUCCCCAUGAUCAAGAGAUUUCUCAGGCUAUUGAGGACAAUCUAGAGCCGUGGCCUCAAGCCUGGGAUGACUCUGUAAUUAAUGGCAGCCCACUCCUUCACGACCCAAGUGCCUCCAUCAAUAAGGACUACUUUGAAGACCUUAAAAAAUACUGCUUUCACAGGAGUGUGAACAGGGAGACCAAGCUGAAGUUUGUGCACACGGCUGUCCACGGUGUGGGUCACAACUUCGUGCAGUCUGCGUUUAGAGCCUUUGACUUCGUUCCCCCCGCGGCUGUCCCCGAACAGAAGGAUCCCGACCCCGAGUUCCCAACCGUGAAAUACCCGAAUCCCGAAGAGGGUGAAGGAGUCUUGACUUUAUCUUUUGCUUUGGCUGACAAAACGAAGGCCAAAAUCAUUUUAGCCAACGACCCAGAUGCUGAUAGACUUGCUGUGGCAGAGAAACAAGACAGUGGUGAAUGGAGAGUGUUUUCAGGCAAUGAGUUGGGGGCCCUCUUGGGCUGGUGGCUCUUUACUUCUUGGAAAGAAAAGAACCAAGAUCCCAGUGCCCUCAAAGACACGUACAUGUUGUCCAGCACAGUCUCCUCCAAAAUCUUGAGGGCCAUUGCCUUAAAGGAGGGUUUUCACUUCGAGGAAACAUUAACUGGCUUUAAGUGGAUGGGAAACCGAGCCAAACAGCUAAUAGACCAAGGGAAAAAUGUCUUAUUUGCAUUUGAAGAAGCCAUCGGAUAUAUGUGCUGCCCUUUUGUUCUGGACAAAGAUGGAGUCAGUGCCGCUGUCAUAAGCGCAGAGUUGGCUAGCUUUCUAGCAACCAAGAAUUUGUCUUUGUCUCAGCAGCUAAAGGCCAUCUAUGUUGAGUAUGGCUACCAUAUUACCAAAGCUUCAUAUUUUAUCUGCUAUGAUCAAGACACCAUUAAAAAAUUGUUUGAAAACCUUAGAAACUACGAUGGGAAGAAUAAUUAUCCAAAAACUUGUGGCAGAUUUGAAAUUUCUGGCGUUAGGGACCUUACAACUGGCUAUGAUGAUAGCCAGCCUGAUAAAAAAGCUGUCCUCCCUACUAGUAAAAGCAGCCAAAUGAUCACCUUUACCUUUGCUAAUGGAGGCGUGGCCACCAUGCGGACCAGUGGGACAGAGCCCAAAAUCAAGUACUAUUCAGAGCUGUGUGCCCCCCCUGGAAAUAGUGAUCCUGAGCAGCUGAAGAAAGAACUAAAUGAACUAGUCAGUGCUAUUGAAGAAUGUUUUUUCCAGCCACAGAAGUAUAACCUGCAGCCAAAGGCAGAGUGAAAUAUUCCAGCCUUGGGCGUAAUUCCAGUUACAUACAAUUGAGCUGAACUUGAUUUGUUAAGCAAUGUUUUUGAGGGCCAAAUGAUUGAAGCUAUCACUACAAGUAUUUAUAUGUUUUUUAAUAGACCUACAUUCCUCAUUGUUCUGUGUUUGAUCUUUAAAGUGAAUAAAGAAAAGAUGGCCAAGACCUAAAAAACCAAGAUUCCUAUUAAAAGGUUGAGCCUGGGUAUUAUCUGAAUUAAAAAAUGAAGAUUUUAAAGAUAACUAACUUUCAAAAAUAUAUUAUAAUUAAUACGCUUUAAUUAGAAUAAAUAACAAAUAUGGCUUCUCCAUAAUUGUUUUUAUGAAUUAUUGAAAUAGCCAGAAAACGUAUACAGUUACCAAAUUCUGGGCUGUCAUGUGUAGGAUAGCCACUUCUUGGGUAUAUAUAUAUUUACAUUUGUUUACCUUUCUAUCAAUUGCUUAUAAAGUAAAAUAAAUGAACAGAUCAGAUGUUGUGUUCAUGUUUAGGGGAAAUACAAUUCACAGGAACCUGUAAAGUGGAGCAAAAGAUACUUUAAAAAAAUAAGCGUUUUUUGACCUAAAACUUUCUGGUUCUAAUAAUACACUGUUAUACAUUGUAUAUAUGCUAGGAAAAAACAGCUUAACCAUCUUUGUUCAAUGUGUUAACAUUCAUUUUAUCUCUUUAAAUCCUGAAUCAAACAAUUGGCUGUUGGAAACUUGCAAAGUACUUUUUGUCCAGUCUUUGCUGUAGCGCAAUUUAAUGUAAUUCUUGGUCGUGAGGCAGCAGGGACUAGAGGCAAUAACUAUUUACCUGACUGUAAUGUUUUUGCCUUGCUUCUACGUGAUUAAAAUCUAAAACCGGACUUUAUUAUAAUAGAUAUCCUUUUCCAGGUUUAUUAUUUAAUCUGUGCCUUCUGCCCUCCUCAUAACCGAUGGCCUUAUAACCUUCCAGAAUGACUGCCAUUGAGUACCCCUGAGCUAGGACCAAGCUGUUCUUUAUAUACUUUAUAUAUUUUAUAUGAUUUUCUAUUUUUAAAGCAAAUGAUUACCGAUUAUUAUUCUUCUUCUUCUUAACCUAAAUGGUUAUUAACAGUUUCAGAACAAUGAAAAAUGACAAUACGAUUGAUAAUGUUUUCUAAAGUAAAGGAAAAAAGGUUUUUAUAUCUUAGUGAUACAUAGUUUGUGCCCUACCAGAACUCUUAAACCUGCAAUAUUCGAUAGAUUCUAGCAGCUGCUUCAUUGUAGAAGCUAUGUUUAUUUUUGCUUUAUACUGUUUUCUAGUCUCAAACUGUACUCUGAAAAAACUGUUAGCACUGUGUCCUCUCUACAAAGAGUUUUUUACCUCAGUUGUAGGUUCACAGUACAAUUGAGAGGAAGGUGCAGAGAUUUCCCAUAUGUCCCCUGGCCCCACACACGCACAGCCUCCCCCAUUGCCAACAUCCCCCUUGAGUGGUACAUUUGUUAAAAGUGAUGAACCUGCAUUGAUACAUUAUUAUCACCCAAACUGUGGAGACAGUAAAAGGUCAUUGUUUGUCAGGGUUAAGGGGGUAAGGAGGGCUAAAUAGGCGGAACAGAGGAUUUUCAGGGCAGUGAAAAUACUGCGUAUGAUACUGUAAUAGUGAAUACGUGUUUUUAAACAUUUGUCCAAAUUUAUAGAACAUACAACACCAAGAGUGAACCCUAAUGUAAACUGUGGACUUUGGGUGAUAAUUUUGUUAUUUUUAAAAUGAAGAAAUGUCACUAAAUGGUCUCAGAGUUCAUUUCAUGCUACAGGUCUUUAAAUUAUGUGGAAAUCCAUAAAGGGCACUAUCCGCAACAAUAAAUCAUUGGCGAUUCUCUUGGGCAGAAUGCUCAACCAGCCCUCUUAGAAGACCUAAGAUCUGAGAUAGGAAGAAAAACACUUUGUACCAAAGAGGGGCAGCCUUGUGUUCAUAGCGCGCCUUGUCUUGCAGCCUGAAAGGGGUGUGUGCUGAAACUAGGGGCAAGCAGGGCAGAACCACGUGGCCUGCAGAUGCCAGGAAGAUGUUUUGCAGGGGAGUAAGGCGUGAUGAGGAGUGAGCGCAGGCACGGCAGUCCCUCUGCGUGCUAACAGCUAAACCUGCUGGGGGAAUGCUGUCCAAUUUGAGUGUAGAGGUGACAGCCCAUUUUCUUUCGGUUCCUGGAAAGAACAAAUCCCAAGUGAAGUCUGAGAGACUGACUUGCAGGAGAAAAUGCAGGCCAACUGUUUUUUUUUUUCUCUUUGUGGUCUCUCAGUGAAAUAACAGCUGUUCCUCUUUCCUGUAAGAAACGUUGGGAGUGCCUCUCAUUUAUCUCAUCAAUUUACCUUAAUGCUCAUGCUAUCGAGAGAAAGUAUUGUUAUUUCAUGACUUUGGAAACCCAUGGUUUCAAUAAAUGCUUUAAGUGAUGGAA